AUGACAUCAACAGACACCCAAACCCCGUCAGGCAAGACAGCGGAAGUCUUGGAAAGACACAUUGAAAGCCUAAACCACGAAUUCGCUCUUGGGAUUCCGAAUCCAAAAUGGCAAUCGCCCAGUUCUCGGCCAGUAACUGAAAGGUCAAAGGAGGAGCAGUGUCGGGUUUGGGUAAAAUAUUUGUUCUGGAAAAACACCGAAGCAUUCGAACGUGCGUUGAACGGUUUCCGCGAGCAAGUCCGCUCGGAAAUAAGAGAAGGCAAGCAAUGGGUACAUAAACCGAAUCAAGAAUAUGGAACUGUUCCAUCAAGAGAGGACUUUAUCAGAACAAACGACAACUACCGCAAUCAAGUCUCAACCGAGGAACGCGUAAAAAGAGUUGACACAUUAUGGAAAUUCCUCCAUUCUGAGACGUGGAUUGAACAAGGAGGAGAAAAUCCAUUGGAAGGCUCGCAAUCAUCACCCCGUCCUCGUAACCUAGCCAAUGGACCGCCUCGAGACAGUCUCAACGGCAACCUCGAAGAGUCCCCGGCGGUCAUUACGCCGCAAGCCAAAAGAAAGGCUAGCAAUAAUCAAGAGGUAUUUUACACGGCUCCUAGCUCCCCAGUUCUGCCUUUCGAAGGGCAAUAUCCGUCUUUGGGUAACCUAGACGAAGAUAACAUCUCUAUGAGGAACGAGCCAAAUUUGAAUACAGAUACGUUGGAUGGAACUGACAAACUGAAGGUUGAGGCUCAGAGGUCUAGGAGUUCAAUCAAAAGACAAUCGAAGAUCACGGACCAUAUGUUCAUAACAAAAUCAUAUCCACAAAAUCACCCACCUGCCAGGAAACCCGCGCCACCUCUCCCGCGCAAUGAUGCCUCGUCAUUUGGAAUGGUCGGACCAUCCACUAGUCCAGAAGUCAGUUUUGCGACAACAAGAGAAGAUUCUAUAUUCGAUCGUUCAGAAGCACCGCGGUAUCAAGGAACUUCUUUUGAAACAACAAUUACCGAACCAUGCGAUGAGACUGCCACGCAGCCCGAUUCUGUCGAUGGACUCAUGAUGAGUGAAGAAUUCAGCAUGAUGCUAAAGUCAGUAGAGAGAAAUGCUUCUACUUCCUUUGAAACUGAGCGGAGACCACUGUAUAAAGAGCAGGAAAUAGUAGAAGACCUAAUUUACAGUGGCCCCUUCUCGAAAGAUAGAGAAUGUUUCUCUGAAAAGGUUCUUUUACGGGCCAGAUACGAGCUGGAGCGGGUGAAACAAGUCUGGGAUGUUAGCCCAAAACAGAUACUUGUCGGUAAUAAACCAUACGAGAAACACUCAGACUUUUGGCAAUGGCUUGGAGACGUCGGUCGGCGUAUGAACAAGACUCUACCGGAAAAGCCGUCUGUGAAGGCUUGGAAUGCUGCCAUCGGACGUUUUGAAGGUGACCGGCACUCAGAAGCCGUGAUUUUUAGUGGCUCCCUUGACUGGUGCGAGAAGAAUGAACCCGGUGUUUUCAAAUUGAAACUUAAUCCACUCAAGAUUGAUCGGACAUGUCGAUUUUACCGUCGCUUUGGAUCUGACAGAUUUUUGAGUAUAACGAUGCCAUCUCCGUCGCAGCCACCAAGUCAUUUGCGCCUUAAAGAUCAAACAUCUCUACGCGAGGUUCUGGCUGAUUGGUUGGUUAAUAGCAACCAUUAUCUUCUGAAACGAACCUGGAAGGCGUUUUAUGUGGACGAUUUCAAAACGAAAAGCAAAUCCAAAACUGGCAAGCCUAGAGUCCGUGUGGACUUCUUCGCUGUUGACGGCUCGGACUUCACUACAAGACUCUCUCCGCCAAUUCUUUCACCGAUUAACGAGACCAACUGUAAAUUGUUUAAUCGAAUUGGCCUUGCACUGUCUAAGACAUGGGCAACAGUAGUGAUUCAACCACAUCAGUUUUUGAAACUUUCUGAUCCUCUAGGUAAGCCAGUCAUGAACGACGGAUGCGCUCUCAUGUCGCGUCCACUAGCUCGAGCCAUAUGUGCAGAGCUAGGGAUAGACGGAAUCACACCCAGCACAUUUCAAGGUCGUAUUGCUGGAGCCAAAGGCCUCUGGAUGGUUGAUAGAGACCUCGACGACGAUAAAGGAUUCUGGAUUCAGAUAUCAGACUCCCAGCUGAAGGUUAAACCUCAUCCGUGCGACUUCUUCGGCCAUGUCGACGAAGAGAAAAUUACGUUUGAGGUUGCAAGUUGGUCAAAGCCUCUGCGAUCGUCAGAACUGAAUACACAACUUCUUGAAGUUCUGAACAAUCGCGGGCAAGUUAGAAAACGUGUGGCAGAUAUUGCGCGAGAGGCAAUACGUGAUAUUUACAAGGAAUUCGAAAAUGUCAUGGAAAGGAACAGCAUCCCUUUAGCGCGGGCUUUGAUUCAGAAGAUACGCCCUACUGCUGACGAUGGAUACUCCCGCACAAAUAUAAGGAGGAUUGACCAAUGGUUAUCACAAACUAUAGAGUCCGUUAUUCGAUUUCUAGAAGCAGGCUUCUCACCGCGGGAUUUCCCACCGCUUCGAGAGCGCAUGAGGAUAUGUUUGAAUGACACUUUGAAUCGUUAUGUCAAUGAGCUUCAUAUUCCUAUACCUUUAUCGACCUACGCAUAUUGCAUCGCUGAUCCUUAUGGGGUACUGGAAGAAAAUGAAGUCCAUUUUGCUUUCUCGGGCCAAUGGAGGGAUUGCUCUUAUUUUGAUGAUGCUAUGGUAGAUGGUGCGGAUGUCCUUGUAGGACGAACGCCAGCCCAUUGCCCUUGGGACAUCCAAAGAAGGAGAGCAGUCUGGAAGUCAGAGCUUAGGCAUUUCAAAGAUGUUAUUGUCUUUUCAACCAGAGGCACGACUCCACUUGCGAGUCUUCUGUCGGGCGGAGAUUACGAUGGGGACCGUCCCUGGAUAUGUUGGGAUCAAGGCAUAGUGGAAACUUUCACCAACACCUUUCCGCCCCUCGAGGAGUCUGGACCGGAACACUUUGGAUUAGUGAAGCAUGCUCAGCCAAUGAGCACAGUGGGCUCUGUUGGGGAUUUCCUUCGGAAUGCCUUCAAGUUCAACCUAGCUAUGUCAAAUCUCGGGCGUUGUACUGUCGAACACGAAAAGCUUUCAUAUGACGAAAAAGAGGGGAUUAGUUCCCCGCUAUCACUUGAACUGGCAACGCUUCUUAGUCACCUCGUUGACAGCAAAAAGUCGGGCCUUCAGCUUACAGAGGAACAAUGGUCCCGUUACCGCAAGAGUAUCAGUCCACGGGAAAGGGGAGUUCCUGCAUACAAGAAUUUGGCUGCAAAGGAGGGGAAACGAGACAACAUCAAUGACUUCUUGAGAUUUGAGGUUGCUUUUCAGGAAAAGGAAGAGGCUCUUCGAAAUUUUAACAAGAGAUUCGACGGAGUAGAUGAUAUACGAGAUGAAAGUCUUCUUCUUCCCUGGCAGGCCGCAGUUGCUAGAGCGGAGCUUGAAAAGCAGGAAGAUCCUGAAACAAAUGGUCACAGCAACAUAGGACUUGUGAAAGGAUCUGCAUUAUAUGAAAUGCUGAAGAGCAUAGAGGUGCAGAUCAAGGAAGCCCGCGACAAGUGGACGAAAGGGUGCCAUUGUCAAAAAACGGCAGAAACUUCAACAGGGUUCAAAAUUCAACUAGCUGCGGAGUUACUGAAUCGUAUACAACCGCCUGAUAUAUGUCACCCCCUUGUACAUACGUGGCAGAAUAGUGAGUAUGAAUGGCGAGUUCUGAUGGCUUCAGGAGCAUACUACUUUCAUUGGCGAUCCGCUUUUCCACUCUACGCAGCUGGAGAGACUUUAUGCUGGAUCAAGAUUGGUAAGGAGCCAGCUCGCCUGAUCCGUGAUCAAGUCUAUGUCAGCAUGAAAGUCAGCAGCAGUGCUGCCCGUCGGCUGGCGGGCGCAGAAGCCGAGGAACUCGCAAACGAGGAGGUAGAAUGGAAUGUAGAAAGUGAUGGCGAUGACUCGGAAGAAUUCGACCGUGAAUCAGUGGUUGACGCACUCAAUGAGAUUGAUAGGAUGCAUCAAAAUCUCCAUUAA